AUGAAUUUUGUACAAAAUAUUUUAAAAAUAAUAGUAGUUUUUACCAUUUUGGUUGGCAACAGUAACUGUGAUUUUUAUACAUCAAUAUCGGGAUUGGAAGAAUUACUGGAUCUCGAAAGUCACUAUAUGGAAGCUAUGGAGAAACAUUUAAAUCAAGUGGAAAUAUUACACGAACAAUUUAAGAGCCUCCUGAAUGAACUUGACCAUGAACACACCAAAGAGAAUUACAAUAGCACAGAACUAUUGGAGGAUCCCAUCAAUGCAUUUAAAAUUAUACGAAGAGUUGUUGCUGAUGUGCCACAAUUGACAAAAUUAACAACAGAUAUAAGUAAUUUACGAGUUUACAAUGACUCAACAUUACUACCAAACACUCACAAUCUACCCACCGGCGAUGAUUUACGUGGUGCCUCAUUGGGAUUUGCUCGUCUACAGAAAAUGUAUAAACUAGAGACUGAUGAUAUGGCGAGGGGUGUUCUGCUGGGUCACAAAUAUAGUUCAGCGAUGUCUGCAUUUAAUUGUUAUAUUUUGGGUGUAAAUCUUUUCGAAGCUGGUGAGCAUAAAUUGGCAAGUGAGUGGUUGCUGGAAGCCCUCACAAAGGUGGAGGAACUGGAAGCGAUGUUAGAAGACAGUGAAAAUGGUGAGGAGAUGAUUAAAGAUAAGACAGAAGAUGAGGAGUCAGCAAAGGUGAACGAGUUGGAAAAGUUGUCAGAAGCCAAGGAAAAAGAUCAAGAGAUGACUGAAGAUGAGUCAGAAGAUAAAUUGGUGAAAGAGUUGGACGAUUCGACAAAGUGCAGUGAGAAAGAUGAGACAUAUGGUGAUGAAGAUUAUUUUGAGGAUAUUUUUGAAAAUAUCGAUAUGUUUAAGGAAGAUGAUAUUCAGGACGAUAUGACAGUUGAAGAAAAUAUAGACGAAGAUGAUUUCAACAAUAACUUGGACAAUGAAUAUGGUAUAUAUCCCUAUGUGACAGCUGAACAAAUUUUGGAAUAUUUACCUUCGGUCUUGUACCACGCUGGCAACCGAAAGGCGGCUGCUCUUCUCAAUGACAAGCUACUUAAACUUGAUCCACAGAAUUACUAUGGUCUGACAAAUAAACAACUAUUUGCCAAUGGCUUAAUAGAAGAGAGACGUAAACGUGUAUUGGAUAAACCGGUAGAAACUGCAUCCGAAAUAGAACGUCUUUAUAAUCAAGUUUGUAGCGGUGAGGUGGAACAGACGCCACAAGAAAAACGCCAUCUUCGUUGUCGUUAUGUCACAAAUAAUGUGCCCUAUUAUUUUUUGGGUCCAUUUAAAAUGGAAGAACUAAGUGCAGAUCCCUUUGUUGCCUUCUAUCACGAAGUGAUUUAUGACAAUGAAAUUGAUCAAAUUAUCUCUUCUGUUGAGGACUCUAUUGAAAGAUCGAAAGUCGGGGGUAAUGCAGAUUCCAGAUACGAUGAGAUACGUGUUAGUAAAAAUUCAUGGUUAGAUUUUAAAGAACAUAGAUUUUUGGAUCCCAUUGCACAACGUUUGGAGGAUAUGACGGGUCUGACUAUCGAAACUGGAGAAGAACUGCAAGUUGCCAACUAUGGAAUUGCAGGACACUACGGACCACAUCAUGAUUUUCAUUCGGGCGUCAUAGAGGAUUUCCAAAAAGGCAAUCGCAUACUCACCGCUUUAUUUUAUAUCAAUCAUGUGGAAUUGGGUGGCGCCACCGCAUUUCCCAUAUUACGCUUGGCUGUACCACCCAUAAAAGGUAGCAUGGUUGUAUGGUAUAAUUUCCACAAAUCUCUUCAAGGAGAUUAUCGCACAUUGCAUGCUGGCUGUCCUGUCUUGCAAGGUUCCAAAUGGAUUUGCAAUGAAUGGUUCAGUACAAAGGGCCAGGAAUUGAAGCGACCAUGUGGUUUGGAACCGGAUCAUGAAGUAUCCCUACCAUAUAAAGAUUGGUAUUAA